AGAAGCAGCUUCAGCAGCAACAACAAGAAGAACAAUUUCAACCAAAGCGGCUACAACAGCAUCAAGACGGGUUCCAAUAAUUCAACAACAAGUCAGCCAGAGCUCAACAAGAGCUCUACAGCACCACCACCUCAGCAACAAGAACCCAAACCCAGCUCCAGCAACGAGAGCAAGAUGCAACGUCUUCGCACGACCUUCACGCGUUCGCGGACGCCCACCGGUGCCGAAAUGAAAAUGCAGAACAGCCUCGAGGUGCCCAAACAGGUGCGUUCCGCCUCCUUUGACGAGAUGCAACUGGAGGCGCAGCGCACGUCCUCCAACCGACUGAGGCAGCGUGCCUCUUCCUCGGCGGAGGGGCGUGCCUUGGCGGUGGAUCGUCUGCAGGUGCCGGCCGGGCAUGGCCGCUCGCGCAGCUUCGAUUCGGCUGUCAUCGAUCCGACGAGCGAGGACUCCGGGGCUUUCCUGGAUGUGCCGCGUCGCAACAAGAUUCCGCGACGCAGCAGCUCGUCGAGCCCGAAGACCCCGCCGCCGUGCUUCCAUUGCCAAUUGGUGAGGCAGUACGAGCGCCAGAUGACAGCGGAGCAGCGCUUCUUCAUCGAUCAUCGAGAGCUGACCGCUCUCAGCUUCUACAGCGAUGAUGACGAUGACGACGACGAGGACGAGGAGGAAGGCGCUGUGGGCGGUGAAGGCCUGUGCGAAGACAUGCAGGGUGCCUGCGGCGGACGGCCGCUGCCCGAUGUGAACAACGAGGCAGUGGCCCGGGCGCAGGCCAUUCUGGCAUCGACUUUCGAGAACGAUCCCAGCACCGAUUGUGAGGACGAUGCCGUCGAUAUGGACCUGGGAUUAAUCCAUCUGAGCAUCGAGCAGUCACGGGCCCGCAUUCCCCGGCAGAUGCGGCGCCACACCAUCGACAGCUCUGUAGGCAACUCUGAGGAUGAGGGCGUCGACGGAUCCGGCCCCAACUCCAAUAAUUCGCCGUACUUCGGCAACACCCUGAUGCCACCCAGGCCCUGCGGCAUCACCUUCACCCUGUCACCCACCAACGGCGACUGUCCGUUCCUCCCGACCUUCGCUUUUCCCAUUGAUCCCAACUCUCCGCCAGGCUCGCCCUCGCCCACCCAGUCACCAUCGCCAUCGCCGUCACCAUCCCCGUCGCCCACACCGUCGGUGGUGCUGGCUGUUCCGCCGCCCGCGUUGGAGCUUCCGUCCUGCUCCACUGGCAACGGCAGCGGACAGCAGCUGUUGGGAUCCACUGCAGCUGUGGCCGCCGCCGCCCUCACUCUACCGGCGAUUGCCUCCUCGCAGGCAGCUGCAGCCAUGGCCACCGGAGCGGUCUGCACGCUGGCGGAUGCGGACGAUGCUGCUGCCGCUUUGGGGGCCAUGGGACUGCCGGUUAGGCCCAGACGCCGGUCCAUCUCGCGGCAGGAGGCCAUCUUUGUGGAGCCCACCGGCAGUUCGCUGGAGAAUGUCUCGAUGUCGAUUGAAAAGGCGGACUCCAUUGAUGCCGCCUCCACCAGGGCCAACUGUGGUUCACCCACGGGCAUGUUUGCCGUGGCCCAUCGCACGGGAUUUGUGGUGCAGGAUAUCUACUUGACCGUACCGGAUCUCCGACGAGAUCGUGCCGCCUCCGUGGACUCAUGCUUCUCGAAGCUCUCAUCAGGCAACAAAACCGAGGAGCUACAGCCCACCGUGGACGGCUGCUACCUGACCGUGCCGGUGAUCAACACCACUCGAUCCCGAUCGGUGGACAUUGUCCUGCCCACCGAUGAGCAGGCUCGCUACAAGGCCCUGGCCAUGACUGGCAACGAACCAGGAACCUACGGCAGGCGUACCGCUACAGGAAGCAGUGCCCGUAGGCCCAUACGCAUUGUACCCGAUUGGACAGAGAAUGCGAUUAAUGGCGAGCACUACUGGAAGACCUCGUCGGCUUCUGGCGAUCUCUGUUGCCUCAACGAGGAGUGCAUUGUAAGUGCGAAGAGCGGCCAACGUUUGAAGUGCUCCGCCUGUCAGCUGGUGGCCCACCUCAAUUGCAUACCGUAUGUGAACGAGAAGCCGACGCUGCUGUGCAAGCCGACGUACCGGGAUGUGGGCAUCAGGCAGUACCGGGAGCAGACGACCACCCACCAUCAUUGGGUGCACCGCAAGAUGGAGAAGGGGAAGUGCAAGCAGUGUGGCAAGAAUAUUAUGUUUGAAUCCAUACCGCAGGCGGUUCAGAGCAAGCUAUUUGGCUCGAAAGAAAUUGUAGCUUUGUCCUGUGCCUGGUGCCAUGAGAUCUAUCACAACAAGGACACGUGCUUCAAUCAGGAGAAAAUUGGCGAAGAGUGUCGUCUCGGCAACUAUGCACCGAUUAUUGUGCCGCCAUCGUGGAUUGUCAAGCUGCCGAACAAGGGCAACUUCAAGUCAUCCAUUCGGGUGAGCAAUAAGAACAGUGCCACCGGCUCCUCCGCUGCUGGAGCCACUGCAGGAGGCGCACCCGGUGGUCCUGGUGGACCUGGCGGACCCGGCGGCCCUGGUGGCUUUGGUGGCAAGGGCAAGAAGCAGACUACGCGCCGGCAGAGGGGCAAGGACGAGAAGAAGGGAGAACCGCGCGCAUUCAUCGUGAAGCCCAUUCCAUCGCCGGAGGUAAUACCGGUCAUUGUCUUUAUUAAUCCCAAGUCCGGUGGCAAUCAGGGCGUCAAGCUACUCGGCAAGUUCCAGCAUCUCCUCAAUCCACGCCAGGUGUUCGAUCUGACCCAGGGUGGUCCCAAAAUGGGUCUGGAAAUGUUUCGCAAGGCACCGAAUCUUCGGGUUUUGGCCUGUGGCGGCGAUGGCACCGUCGGCUGGGUGUUGUCCGUCCUCGAUCAGAUCCAUCCACCAUUGUCACCGUGCCCGGCCGUCGGUGUGCUGCCGUUGGGGACGGGCAACGAUCUCGCACGCGCUCUUGGAUGGGGCGGGUAUUUCUCCUGUCAGGGCUACACGGACGAACCGGUGGGCAAAAUCCUGCGCGAGAUCGGCAUGUCGCAGUGCGUCCUCAUGGAUCGCUGGCGCGUCAAGGUCUCGCCCAACGAUGACGUCUGCGACGAUCACAUGGACCGCAGCAAGGCGAACGUGCCCCUGAACGUGAUCAACAACUACUUCUCGUUCGGUGUGGAUGCCCACAUCGCUCUGGAGUUUCACGAGGCACGCGAGGCCCAUCCGGAGCGGUUCAACUCGCGACUCCGCAACAAGAUGUACUACGGCCAGAUGGGCGGCAAGGAUCUGAUCCUGCGCCAGUACCGCAACCUCUCCCAGUGGGUGACCCUCGAGUGCGAUGGCAACGACUUCACCAGCAAGCUGCGCGAUGCCGGCUGCCAUGCCGUGCUCUUCCUGAACAUACCCAGCUAUGGCGGCGGCACACAUCCCUGGAACGAUUCGUUUGGGGCGACGAAGCCCACCAUCGACGACGGCCUGAUGGAGGUGGUGGGUCUGACCACCUACCAGCUGCCGAUGCUGCAGGCGGGCAUGCACGGCACCUGCAUUUGCCAGUGCCGGCAGGCGCGAAUUAUCACAAAGCGCACCAUACCGAUGCAGGUGGAUGGUGAGGCGUGUCGGGUGAAGCCGUCGAUCAUUGAGAUCGAGCUGUUGAAUAAGGCGUUGAUGCUGACCAAGUGCAAGAAUGGACGUGGCGAUGUCCAAGUAAAUCCCCUGGAGAAGCUUCAAUUGAAUAUACUGCGCAUUACGAUGCAGCAGUAUGAGCAAUACCACUACCAAAGGGAGAUGCUCAGUAAGCUGGCGAACAAGCUUGGCCAGAUCGAGAUCGACUCACAAUGCGAUCUGGAUCAUGUCCGAAAUAUGCUCAAUGCCAAAUUCGAAGAGUCCAUCACCUAUCCGAAGGUAUCGCAGGACUGGUGUUUCGUAGACGCCUGCACUGCAGAGCACUACUUCCGCAUCGACAGGGCGCAGGAACACUUACACUACAUCUGUGACAUCGCCAUUGACGACUUACUUAUAUUGGAUCACGAGCUCGCCACCAUGCCCCAAACACCCGAUCAGGAACGCUCAUUUGCCGCAUUCUCGCAGCGUCAGGCGCAGACGGAGCGCAGACAGAUGGAUCAGGCCCAGGGCCAUGCACCAGGCAGCACCGACGAGGACUUACAAAUUGGCUCCAAGCCCAUCAAAGUGAUGAAGUGGAAGAGCAACAAAGAUCGCUUGUUCAGUUUCAACGAAGAUGUUUUUGGUUACGGAUUCAGCCCUAUACUGGAACAAACUUCCGAUGCCAUACUACUAGCAGCCCAAAGCGGUGAUCUCAAUAUGUUACGUGCACUACAUGAACAAGGAUACUCAUUGCAGUCAGUGAAUAAGAAUGGAGAGACGGCCCUGCACUUUGCUUGCAAAUACAACCAUAAGGACAUUGUGAAAUAUAUCAUCUCAUGCGCCACAAAACGCGUCAUCAAUAUGCCCGACAAGGACCACGGACAAACUGCUUUACAUAUCGCCGCUGAUACGACUCGCAGGGAGCUCUGCGUGAUGCUGGUGGCCGCUGGGGCAAGUCUGCAGGCACGCAACGCCGAAGGCAAUACCCCCAUGAUGGUGGCCUUCAAUCGGAAUGCCAAUGAGAUAGCCACAUAUUUGGAAAGUAAGAAUGAGGAUGCGGAAAUGGAAACGGUUAAGGAUGACGAUGAGGAUGGGGACGAGAGGGAUAGCCGCACCAUCAUCAUUGUCUGGCCGCCGCCGGCAUCCUCCAUGUAGAGCAACCGCUAGACUGUAUCGGAGAUCCCAAUAGUACCCACAAACAGUAGUUGAAUCACUUGACCAUCCGCAUUACCCAGCUUUUAGCGUGUGGCUAAACCAGACUAGACCGACAGAUCAUUCAACACUGAUUUUAACACUGACACUUUCUCCUUUCUCUGCCAACAAUCAACGUAACCAAAACCGAAACCGAAACCAAAAUCUCACAACUGUGAAACGGAUAUACUCUCAAUCCAUCAUCUCGAUCAAUGCCAUGCUACAAUCUACUCAAAUACAAAUACAAAUACAAACAAAAACAUUCCAUCAACGACGCUUCGGACCUGAUCUUGAUCCUGAUGCCGAUCUAAAUGCCGAUCCUCAGGCCAGGAGCGUUUCAUGCAUUUGGAGGUGCAGACCAGAAUCUAAA